UCCCGGUCGUUUCUGAGACUUGUUGCUCCAACCUGCUGAUAGCAAGAUGUCUUCAGGAAAUGCAAAAAUUGGGCAUCCUGCCCCCAACUUCAAAGCCACAGCUGUUAUGCCAGAUGGACAAUUCAAAGAUAUCAGCCUAAGUGACUAUAAAGGAAAAUACGUUGUAUUCUUCUUUUACCCUCUUGAUUUUACUUUUGUUUGCCCCACGGAGAUCAUUGCUUUCAGUGAUAGGGCAGAAGAAUUUAAGAAACUCAACUGCCAAUUGAUUGGAGCUUCUGUGGAUUCUCACUUCUGUCACCUGGCAUGGAUUAAUACACCCAGGAAACAAGGAGGAUUGGGGCCCAUGAACAUUCCCUUGGUCUCAGAUCCCAAGCGUACCAUUGCUCAGGAUUAUGGCGUCUUAAAAGCUGAUGAAGGGAUCUCUUUCAGGGGCCUCUUUAUUAUUGAUGAUAAAGGUACCCUUCGCCAGAUCACUAUAAAUGAUCUUCCUGUUGGCCGCUCUGUGGAUGAGAUCCUGAGACUAGUCCAGGCCUUCCAGUUCACUGACAAACAUGGUGAAGUGUGUCCAGCUGGCUGGAAACCUGGCAGUGAUACCAUCAAGCCUGAUGUCCAAAAGAGCAAAGAAUAUUUCUCUAAGCAGAAGUGAGCACUGGGCCAUUUUUCUGCCGGGCAGUAUUGAGAAGCCAGAAGAAAGUCUCUUGUACUUUACUCAUGCUUAAGCACAAGAUGUGGUUUGAUUCAAGAUACACCUUUCCUACAGGGCUGGGAGUGGUUAGCCUUCCAUUGUUGGGAAUGGCCAGAGGUCUGUUGUGGGUAGAGCAUCUGAUGUACCAGUCACAGAAAUCAGCCUGUUAUUCUUUUUGUAGUAUCUAUUAAACGUGAGCUCUGAGAA